AUGGCCUCGUCCCAAUUGAAGGCGGUUUCUUCCCUGGCGCGCGGCCUGCGCGUCUCCUCCCAAAGCCGUGCCUUCUCCGUUUCCGCUCGCCACCUCGACGCCUCUGUGCCCUCGGCUACCAAGUCUGAGGCGUCGCUCGCCGUCGACGAAUCCAAGCCUGUCGAGAUCAACCAGGCCCCAAACCGACUUGGUAUUUGGUCCCGUAGCCAGCAACCUCGAUCCAAGGCCAUGACUGGCCCCCGAUUCGAGCAGACUGAUUUCGAUGUCCAGCCCCAACCGCCCUCCGCCAUGGAGCUCAUUCACAAGGAGCCCGUACGGUGGUCACACGACCGUAUCGUGUCAUGCGAUGGUGGGGGUGGUCCUACUGGUCACCCCAGGAUUUUCAUCAACACCGACAAACCCGAGAUUGCUGUCUGCGGCUACUGUGGCCUACCAUUUGUGAGUCUGGGGCUUUCCUUCUGCCCAAAUCAGAUGGCGUAG